UCUUUAUUCUUAAAUUAACUUAUAAAAAUAGACAGUCGUGGGUCGCGGUUUUAGUGCUCAUUUCAAGGAUACAACCGUAGUUUGAGAGUGCUACGGUUGGUCCCCUCUAUCACAACACAAAUAACAACUAGUAGCAGUUAUUACUCCACCCGCCGUAUCCAGCUGAACUCGAUAUAAUAUCAUUAGUCAUUUUUAAGUCAAUACAAGCUCGUCCUCUAGGUUCAACGACGCGUAAAAAAAAACUAUAAAUAACAUAUAAAAAAAAUAGCUUGGACAUUUUGUUGUGAGUGGUCUCCUGAUUUUGGGGUUUGUUUAAUUAUUCUGUGUUGCUUGUUUUUUCAAGUGAAAUCUGGCAACACGGCGAGACGGAGCUAAUCGAAGAUGUUCGUUCUAACAGCAACUGAUCGCACACUCCAUGUGAUGAUAAAGUCUGACGUGCAAUUCAGAUUGACAGUUUUGGCAUGCUCGCUUUAAUACCACAGAUUAAUUGAAAUAAGGGAUCAUCUGUAGUAGAAGAGGGGUAUCUGCAGCCUCGCAGGAAAUGUUGGGAAGCCAAGGGAUUCAACCUGUCACGCUAGUCUUCAAUAACUCCAAGAACUGCUUUCUUCAGCUGUCAUCACACUUCGCCACUCAUCUCUGUCUUCAUGAGAACCAGAUCCUGGAGCUGUCAUGGGGUGUUUCUGCACCCGUGUUCCUCAGCUGGACCAGGUCCAGGUCUUCAGGUCCAGAGGACAGAGUUGAGAUCAGCAGACAACUGGGAGAGAGACUUGGGCUCAAGGAGGGAGAACAGGGGUACCUGCGGCCGUGUCAUCAGGUGCAGUCAGUGCAGCAGGUGUUCGUAGAGCCUCUGUCUCCAGAUGACUGGGAGAUCCUGGAGCUGCACAGCCUGGCUCUGGAGCAGCGACUCCUGGAUCAAAUCCGAGUGGUCUUCAGUGAGGGUGUUUUUCCUGUGUGGGUGGACCAGCACACUGUCAUCUAUAUCAGGAUAGCAUCCCUCUCUCCAUCUGUUCCAUUCGGCCGACUGGAGCAGUUCACUGAGCUUGUUGUCUCCCCAAAACUACAUCCAGGAGGUGAACAAUUGCUCCACACUCGAUCACAAGAGCCAAGCCAAUAUCUACAACACCAGAGCAUCGAUGUCACGUCUUCCCCCAGCUCAGUCGUCCAUCAGGAUCCCUUCAGUGAUCAUCUGGAGAGUCAGAAUGAAGGACAUUGGGGAGGAAUAGCUGAUCUGAAAAGCCUGGUUAGAUACAUGUUUACAGGAGGAUUUGAGCCUGCAAAAGAGAACGUCGCAGUUCCCACAAUUCCCACCAUCCUGAAAGACUGUAUCCUCCGGACCUGUGGAACCCCUCCUAGGUCUGUCAGCCAUCUAGGCUCAUGUCACGGAGACGUUCAUAUACUGCCAUGGAACCUGCAAGAGAACUGGAAUCCAGGGCAGUCUGCACUAACAUACGGCAGGCUUUCAAAGAUCCUUUCUCCUAAAGAACUCAGGGAGAAAGUCAAGCAGGCCAUGGAGAAGAAGAAGAGCAGAGAUGGACCUCACAAAGGGAACGACAAAGAGGAACAUAAGGAGAACGUUGUUGUGGUUAGAAUGCUUUGUCACAAUAUAAAAAGGCUGCAGGAGGACCAGAAAUUCAAUAAAUGUGAAGACAUUUACUCUGGGAGAGUUUGGAUCCCAAAGGUGCUGCAGAGGCGUUUGAGUAUAGACCCUCGAUCGGCUGUGAGGAUUCAGCCUUUGAAAUCAAUGCCAAGAGUUGCAGAAGCAGUCAUGGUGCAACCAUUAAAACCACUGGCAGAGAGUGAAAAAGAAGAAGAUAUUCAGACUGCAUUCCUCAACUGGUUACACGCUCAGAGCCAUCAGCCUUUGAGCUGUCUGACAGGCCGUACUAACGUCAUUCUCUUACCCUGUGCUGAAGGAAAAGAGGAGUUUGUCUUGACUGUGCUGAAACCAGAGCAACAGCAAGAGGAUGAAAUGUUCUUUCUAUCAACCAGUUUACUAAAGAAAACAAAUGUGCAGACUGUCAGAGAGCCGCGUGAUUCUGACCACAGCGGCUCUGAUAAUGAUAAGGAAGAUCCACAUCUUGGCUUUCCCUGCCUCAGCUCUCUUGGUGGGGUAGAGGACAUCAGCAGGUCGGCUUUCGAGCACAUCUCUCACGCUCUAAUGGGAGGUCCUCUCUCGCGUGAACUGGUCUCCACAGGACGGGGACUGAGGGGCGGAGCUCUGCUCAUCACAGGUGCAAAGGGCAGUGGAAAAUCUUCUCUCUCCAGAGCACUGUGUCGAAAGGCCAGUGAACAGCUGGAUGCCCAUGUUCAAGUUGUGUACUGCAAGACACUGAAAGGUAAGAGAGCAGACACAAUCAGACAGAGGCUGGAAGAGGUUUUCGAGCAGGCGGUCUGGAGACAGCCCUCAGUGGUACUGCUGGAUGACCUUGAUCACAUGACCGGUGCCGCAACCUCACCUGAGCAUGAGCAUGGGCCAGAGGCAUUACUGCGGCAGCACAUCGCACAGAGUCUGAGGGAUUUGGUGGAUGAGAUGGUGGUGCGCUCCAGUCUCGUAGCUCUGAUGGUCACAGCACAGAGUGAGCAUGCCCUUCAUCAGACUCUGACUGCGGUGCAGGGUUCACACUUCUUCCAAAGUUUCUGCAAGAUCCAAACACCAGAUCAGGCUCAGAGGCUUGAGAUUCUAAGGUCUUUAAUAGCCAAAAAGAACUCCCAGGACUGUCAAACUACUCUUGACCUAGACAUUGUUGCCAGAGAAACAGAAGGAUUCAUGCCACAAGACCUGAACCUGCUGCUCGAGAGGGCCAUCCAUGCCAACACUCUACACAGCAGGAACAAUGGCAGCUCUGAAGAUCUGAACUAUAAGGACUUCAGACAGGCCCUUCAGGGCUUCACCCCACCCUCCCUCUGGGGGGCUCAGCUGCAGACUCCCAGCGGGGCUGGCAUGGAGCGUAUCGGGGGACUUCAUCAGGCACGUCAGCUCCUGAUGGACAUCAUACUGCUGCCAGCUAAGUACCCACUGCUGUUCUCCAGUCUGCCCAUGCGUCAGUGCUCUGGUGUGCUGCUCUAUGGAGCUCCUGGCACAGGCAAGACGCUACUGGCUGGAGCUGUAGCCAAAGAGAGCGGCAUGAACUUCAUCAGCAUCAAGGGUCCUGAACUCCUCAGCAAGUAUAUUGGUGCCAGUGAACAGGCGGUUAGAGAUGUGUUUCAGAGGGCUCAACAAGCUAAACCUUGCAUACUGUUCUUUGAUGAGUUUGAUUCUCUGGCCCCUCGAAGGGGUCACGACAACACAGGGGUCACUGACCGUGUGGUUAAUCAGCUGCUUACUCAGCUGGAUGGAGUGGAAGGACUGACAGGGGUGUAUGUGUUGGCUGCCACCAGUCGUCCUGACCUGAUUGAUCCUGCUCUUUUGAGACCCGGGCGACUGGACAAAUCUCUCUACUGCCCUCCUCCUGAUCAGGAGGCCCGGCUGGAGAUCCUGCAGGCUUUGACUCAUUCUGUGCCACUGGCUGCAGAUGUGGACUUGGAGCAGAUUGCUGUGGUGACAGAGCUGUUCACUGGAGCUGACCUAAAGGCCCUUCUCUAUAACGCUCAGCUAGAGGCGAUCCACAGCAGCCUGGGGCCCAACCUUCUCCAUGAUCUGGGCUCGGGGUCAGACAGUGAUGUCAGCCUCUCCUCCCUGAUCUUCCUGAACCAUAGCAGUGGGUCAGAUGACUCCGCUGGGGAGGGGGACACAGGGCUGGUUCUGCUGAACCCCAGUGAACUCCCACCUGAGGACCCACGCCACAACAUCUGGCGCCUUUACUUCGGAAGCUCCUUUGAGUCUGAACUGGACAACCAGUCUCUGUCUGAACUGAAUUCUCAGUGCCUGUCUGGACCCAAUUCAACCGCCCCCGACCUGACAGGGGCAUCAGUGAGGGAUCCAAACUCCUGUCAUGCCCCAGUUUUUAUGUCCUGCCUGCAGGACGGCUUUCAGGAACUGACCCAUGAGCAUUCAGAAUGCCUAAGAGCAGAAGUCAACACUGUUAAGAACAGUUACCGCAGAAACCCGGAUGAAUCAUCUUUGGUGCAGACUGGCUCCAGUAAGCCUGGCUCUGUCAUAUGCCAAACUCACCUGAUCUCUGCUUUGGCUAACACCCGAGCAUCUGUCAGCAGAGAAGACUGGAGGAGAUACACUGAACUAUAUGAGUCUUUUGGAGCCUCAAAGGAAGGCAAGUCUCAGAGCACUGCUUUGUUUAAAGCAGGUCAGCGGGUGACAUUGGCUUAAUGAGAGCCUUGCAUAAAUUAAUACAGCUCAGGGCAUUAAGAAGGUGAAAUAUUUUUUUUGCCGAGAUUCUUGUGUGUGAUACGAUCAACUUAGGUUUGUAUCACAUAUUCAUGGUUUUUCUACUUCUCUUGCAAAUGCAUACUUAUGAUGUUUUGGUUAAAUAGAGGAAUGUAUCAAAAUUUGACUUAAAUUCAGUCACACUGAACAAAUAACUUAAAGAUAAUUAUGAAGUGAUGUGAUGUUUGCUAAAUUUGCUAAGCUUCCGUAGGUCCAGAAAAUAAAACAAAAAAAACAAAUGAAUAUACAUUAAAUAUGUAAUUAACUUUUUAAUAAAUGACAAUUAUUCUGUGAAUUAUAA